AUGGAGGAACGGCAUUUAGACUGGUCAGUGUUCUCGGUCUUUCAAGCUCUCUUUGCGAUUGGCAUGCAAGUGUUGCUGUGGGUAACUUUUGCCUUUUACUUCCAGUACAACAUUAUUGGGGUUGGUAUUGGAAGUAUGCUCUAUCUUACUCUCCUCGGCUUUGUUCUAGCCGCCGAGAAAAGCAUGACCAAGCCAUCGAUUCCGCACAAACAGGUUCUGUUGUUUAUCAAUACGACUUCGCUUAUUGUUGGCGGCCUUAGUAUUUUAGGCUUUAUCUUGGCAGCGUACAACUCGGCUAUUCGUAUUGAAGGUGUGAUUUAUUUCGGAGGUUUAGGAGCUGCCAUCGCAGUCGGUGCAGCCUUAUCCGGGCUUGUGUUUAUAAAGCAGCACAAUCCAAUCAGCCGACCAAGUAUUGCCAAAGCACUCUACUAUCUAGUUCUCAUCCUUGUUGUUCUGGCUAGCAUUAGUCUACCUAUGUUACGCCUCUUCUUGUCCUAUAACAGCUUUGUUAUGGUUAUUAAGACGGGCAUUCAUCUAACCCUAAGUAUCUCAUUUGGUGUUUUGAAGAUCUUAGCAACCUACGCCAGUAUUAAUCCCAAACAACAAGGUCUUAUAUUCAAGUUUAUUCUAGCAGCUAUCAUCAUUAGUCUACUCACUAGUAUUUUACUAUGCCUUUACAACAGUCCGACUAUUGACCAGAUUAGCACCAAUGUUCAAUCAUUCUUUACCACCAACUCAACCCACCUCAAAAACUAA